UAAUGGGGUCCGAUGAUCUCAUCCUGGCAUUAGAGUCAAAAGGAACAUCAGUUAAGCUAGUGAAAAUAACAGAGGAACAAGUUAAAGAGAUUGAAAGUGUAUUGCCAACAACAUUAAAACCGAUUACAAGAACUAUGCAGAUUCAUCAGAUUAUUGUUCCAAGUAGAGGAACCAUUUUGCAUAGACCACUAUCCUGCUUUUGUGCACGACCAGCCAUCUGUCAAUGUUUCAAGCCAGAAACGUUUUCUUUUCCAACCCAGAGAGAAGCUGCGCAUUCUUCAUCGUCUAUUUUGCAAACCUGUGAGGAAGUAGCAGUAAACACCACAGCGAGCACGGUUUCCAAGCUUCGUCAUAUCGUUGAGGUGGACGAGAGUCUAGUUUCAAACUACUGUGUUGUGAAAUAUGAUGGCAAAGCCUAUCCUGGACUUAUUUUGUCAGUGGAUGAAGAGGAAGAAAUCGAAGUCAAAACAAUGCACAGGGUUGGUCGUAACAGAUUCUUCUGGCCUAUGAUGGAUGAUGUGCUUUGGUAUCAAAAGGAAAACAUUAUAACAAUUCUGGACAACCCACCUAGACCCGUGACUAAGAGACAUGUAGAAAUUGAACCAGAAAUCUGGGAGCUUGUUGAAAAAGAAGAGGAUGAAUAG